GGUUCAGAACAGUCAGACUGGUGACUGGUUGGAUUUACCAAUGGACGCUAGGUUGGUAAUUCCGGAGAAAACAUGCAUUAAAGUUUUCCUUAGCACUCAGGAUCCCGGAGCUAGUUUUGGAGUUUAUCCUCCUCUCAUUCAAACCACCGGAGCAAGACGAGAUCCCAGAAAGAAGCCAGGAGCAGAACCCAAGGUUCUGAAUAGAAGAGAUCCUCGACGAAAAAAUGUUGACUCUUCAAAACAGACCUUGCAUCUGUUACCUACUCCAGUUCCUAUAGCUAAAAGAUCUUUAACUCCCCAACCUACCCCGGGUAUACUCUCCCUGCCCCUCCCAUCCUCUGCUCCUGAUCCAUUUCCUGAUCCUUCUCUUUCAGUUGGAUCAAACCCGACCUUUCCACUGUUAAACCGAAGAGAUCCUAGGAAAAGAAAUGAUGUCGAACCUGCUCCAGUUCCAGUUCCAGCUCCGAGUUCUAGACUACAGCCUAUCUCUCGUCUUCCCUCAGGAUUAAGUUCAACAGCCAGCUUAUCCUCGAUAGAUUCCUCCUCCGCUGUAUCGAGGAAGGAUCCUAGAAUUAGAAGGAUGAAAACUCUCCCUGCUCCAACGGUCAGUACUGCAGAAGGACCCGGAGAGGAACAGAUGAUGAACAUUAUCAAGAAUCCGUCUCGGUUAUCUGUUCCUUUUAAACAAACUGAAAGUCCUAAAUCUGUUUCUAAAACAAACUUUGAGACAGAAGAAAAUAAUUUUACAAAAAGUUUGAUGGACAUGGAUAAGGACCAUACCUCUCCAGUUUAUACUACGAGUUUCGAAGAGCAUACGAUUAGUGAUACUCCUGGUUCAGAUAAUAGCAGAUACCCUGCUUUUAUGGCUUCGGCUCCUCCUCCUCCUGAUUCUACUCCUCUUGCUCCUGUUCCUGCUCCUCCUCUUGCUUAUGUUCCUGCUCCUCCUCUUGCUUCUGUUCCUGUUCCUAUUCCUGCUCCUCCUCCUCCUCCUCCUGUCAGGAAGAUUAGUUUAGAGAAGAGAGGAGAUGAAUCGGACUCAGAGGGUGAACUCCAAAUAGACAUGAACCCUCUUGCAGUGAAGCGGCGUAUCUCCAGUGAUGAAUAUAAACCUGGUCCUAGAGAAGCUGAACCUGUAUCCCAGGUUUCUUGUAUUGCAGAUGCAAUCACUAAAUCUGACAAGGUGGAGAGAGCGGAGGAGUUGUGGGAUGAGGUCUACGGAGAGUAUCAGAAGAGAUCAGCAGCUGAUCGAAAAGAGACAGAGGAAAUCCUAUCUGUUACUUCUAGUUCUCCGUCUCCUCCCCCGACCCGGAGAAUAAUUCUUGCAGGUCAGGAAAUUGAACCUGUCAUUGUUGAUCUCGGAUCCGAAUAUUCAUCCCCGGUCGGAACUCCGAAAUCAACCAGAAGUGGAGAUGAAGACGAGGAUAAAUACAAUGAUGAACUGAUUGAGAAACUGAAAAAGGAUAUGGAACAGAGUAAGAAGACUCUAGACCAAUUGGAGAAGGAGAAGGAGAUGUUACAGAACCUGGAGAAGGAGCGGGACCGACUCAACUCUAUCAGGGAAGAGUCAGGGGCAACACAAUCCGUCCGAAGAGAACUAGAGGAAGGAGAACUAUCAGAUUCUGACGAAGAAAUAGUCCUCUCUGACGGGAAAGAUAGUGAUUUUUCUCCGGAGAGUCCUCAGUGUGAUCUUGGAGAAAAUGAGACUUCUUCAAAACCGCAAUCAAUCAUUCCAUUAGAACGAAUAGAUACAGACGGGGAAGCUAGAUCCACCGACGGCGAGGCUAAGUCGUCCGACGACGAAGUAGAAAUUCUUGCUGAAAAGGAGAAACCGAAAGAAUUUCGGAAGUAUUGGGAAGACUUUGAUGAAGAUAACGAGAGUACAGAGGAUGAAGAAAAAGAAAAGAUUGAGGAAUUACAGGAAGAAAAUGUUAAAAAAUCAGAUAAUCUGAAAGAUGUGAAUAACGAGGAGAAGAUAACCAGAGUGAAUCCAGAAAAAGAAACUCCCAACGAAAACUUCUGGAAAGCUGCUCUGCUUGAUAUUGAAAAGAAAGUUGAAGAUCAUAAUCUUUUCCAGCGGCGGGAGGAUUUAAACCUUAUGGAGGAAACUUCAAAAUUCUUCUCUCGUCGAACAGAUAUCUUGGAAGAGGAUGAUAAUCAUUCUUAUGAAAAUUCUUCUGAAAGAUCAAGUGAAGAUCAAGUUUCAAUGAAGAAAUCCGGACAAUACCAGAACCCCGCUAAGCCAGAACUAAUAUCAGGAUACGAGAAUUCUGUGAAAGAAACACUAACUAAAGCACUUCAACUAAUCCGUGAAAAGUCUGGUAAUGUAGGGCCCAGGAUUCCGGGUUCGGAGGAUUCUCAGGGUACAUCUACAUCUGGAGGACAAGGAGAAGAAACUAAAUUUGUUCUGAACGAAAGCUGGUACAGGGAGAAAGGUUUUACCAAAACAUCAUCAUUGGGUUCAGACUCAAGCCAUUCAUUGGGACUGGGUUGUUCAGAUCAAAUCCAACCGAGAAAUGUGGGAAAUUUUAAUGAAUCCGGCAUGCACACAAGGCAAAGCAUGCCUUCUCUUCCUGAUGCGCUGUCGUUUCAAGGCAUGCAGUUUGGGGUUAGCACGUCCUCUGGAUCCAGUAUGCAGUCAAGACCUUUCAUUCUCUCGGAGCAAGGCAUGCAGGCGGGAUCUGUUAUGUUUUCUGGACAAGGAAUGAAGUCAGGAUCAAGCAUGCUGUCUGGACAGGGAAUGUUCUCUGGAUCUAAUAUGCAAUCAAGGGGAAUGCAAUCCCAUGGAACCAUGCAUUCUGUUGGUGGUAUGAAGUCUGGCGGGGACAUGCAAUCAGGCAUAGGUAAAGAAUCGGUUGGCGGCAUGCAAUUCGGUGGAGAAAUGCAGUUUGGUAGUAGUUUGCAAAAUGUUGGUGGAAUGCAAUCUGGUGUAGGAAUGCAAUCUGGUGUAGGAAAGCAAUCUGGUGUAGGAAUGCAAUAUGGUUUAGGAAUGCAAUCUGGGCAAUUUACUCCACGUACAGUUUCAUUAACUGGAAAUUCUAGUAUACUUGGCUCUCCACCUACCCUCGGAUACUCUUCAAACCAUCUUCAAUCUACUCCUACUACUCUUGGAUACUCUUCUAACCAUCCUCAACCUACUCCUAGCUCAGCUUUUUUAAACUCAGUCUUUAAGGAGAGCCAGUUAAUAUCUGAGAAGCUGAGUAUUAUCAGCGCCAGCUUGUCUGGGGUUGGAGGAAUCAAACCAAACUAUGCGUUUAAUAACCAGCAGACCCUAGAUACUGCUAAACCUUAUCCCGGUACUCCAACAUCAGUUCAUCCUACCCCCAGCCCAGCAGGACAAACUAGCACCAGCUCUUUACCCAAACUCAUGAAUAUAAAUAUAUCUCCCAAAGACAUAAACCUAACCAGGAAAGAUAAACUCCAAGGAGGAAAAUCCUUUAAUCAUAAAAACCUGUGGAACACUUCUAACCCUAAGUUUGAUAGUCCUGGUCGUCAGGGGAAAUCCAGAGAAGGAAGUGAGAUCAAUCACGGGAUCAAGAGGUUAGAAGAGAAAAUUAGACAUUCAGAACCUAAAGAGAUAAAACGACGAGAAAGGGAUAGGGACGGAUCGUCUUCAGAUCGACGCGGAAGCUCAUCAUCAAGAAAGCUCAGUUCCUACAAGUCCUCUAGAUCAAGAUCAAGGUCAAGGGAUAGAAGACGAAGAUCAGGAACUAGUCCCAGAGAUUCACGAAGACGAUACAAUCGUUCCAGAUCUAGAGAUCGAAGGUCAAGAAGUCGAUCUAUGGAUCGUAAACGACGGAAGGAGGAUCCACGAAGUAUAAAGGUUGAGGUUGGGAAGGAGGAUAAGGAUAAUCUGAUGCUCCAUUUCUAUGAGGGAGACCAGUGUGAUUUUGAGGAUCCAGGGGACCCGGAUAUCCCGGAGAUUCUUCCCACACCUGUUCCAGGUCUUGCAUCUAGAAACCCGGAGAAGGAGAAGAAACUAAAACUCGGAACAGAGUGCAAAGCAACUGAUAACCCGGUGGUAGUUCCGUCCUGUUCGGAGGAGACCUCUGUCAAUGUCAGAGCUCCGGUAACCACUUCAGUGGAAGGAGUAAAACCAAAGUUGAAUAUCAACCUGGAUGAAAUACCGGAACCACAGUUCCCAAAACCCGUUCCAGUCAAUAAUAAAGUUACAGCGUGUGGUCCUCUCAGAAUAAACCCAAAGGACGGAGAGUUGUAUGUUGCCACGCUAGGAUUAAGUAAGAUGCAUCCUGUGUCCCAGCUGCAUGAAGUGUGCAAGCGGUUAAACUAUCCUAAACCCGAGUUUAUCGAGCAUAAGGAGAACGACCUAUGGAGCUGCGAGGUCAAAGUCGGAGAUGAAUUGUUUAAAUGUGCCGGAGCCAAAACCAGGAAGAAAGAGGCUCGGAUCGAAGCUUCGAAACAUGUUCUUAAAGUUAUUGGGAUUCAUAAAUAACUAUUUUUUUACUUAAAAAUAAAUUCUGUAAAUUAGAUUUUACUAAGUUCCUGUCCGAGACAAUAUUAUGUUUCUUAAUUAAAUUUUGGCUGUGAUUUAAGA